UCCUUUUAUCACUGCCCACACAAACUUCGUGCUUCGAGUCAUAUCUCUCUCUCUCUCCCAACCUUUCCCCCUCCCAGAGUGACUAUCUCAGGCAGCCAUGACCGAACUCAAUAAAUCGGAUAAAGAUGACCGGUUCCUCGUUCAGUAUCAACCUUCCGAUCUUAAUAUCGCAUCGGAGUUUCUUUCCACGUGGCUCCCAUACCUCUCUCGGGAUCUCUGUCAUAACUGCUCCAAAACCCUCUCCGAUCGCAUUCGCUCUCUCUCAGAACUCCAAGGAGAAGAUAAGAGUGGGGAUUUGCCGAAGAAUAUUAAUGUGGAAUCGUCAAACGGGAAUUGUGGUUCUGAUGGUAAUUGUAAAGAUAAUUCUGUGGGAAGUUUGAAAGAGGAUGAUGACACGAAUUCCUUAGGUAGUUGGAAAGACGGGAUAAAUGGGUGGUCUGAGCCACCUGUUUCAGAGGCCUCCAGUAGUGGAGUUCAUAGUGAAUGGCGCUUGGGGAUGUCUUGGGCUGAUAUGGCUCAGGAAGAUGAGCUUGUGGAAGAAGAGGAACAAGAACAGCAGGAGUUAAAUGCACGGAUGGUUAAUGUGAAUGAUUCAACUGGUGGGUUGAGGAUAACAAAGGUUGUUGGGAAGCCUACUACAUUACCAAGGGAGCAAAGGGAAUACAUUCGGUUUAUGAAUGUGAAGAGGAAGAAGGACUUUAUGUGUUUUGAGAAGAUUAAUGGAAAGCUUACUAAUAUUCUCCAGGGCCUGGAGCUUCAUACGGGUAUUUUCAGUGCUGCGGAGCAGAAGAGGAUUGUUGAUUAUGUUUAUGCAUUUCAAGAGAAAGGGAAAAAGGGAGAGUUGAAAGAGCGCACAUAUUCAGCUCCACAAAAGUGGAUGAAGGGCAAAGGGCGUGUGACCCUCCAGUUUGGUUGUUGUUACAAUUACGCAAUUGAUAAAAAUGGUAAUCCCCCAGGCAUCCUCCAGGAUGAAAUGGUAGAUCCUAUACCUGACCUUUUUAAAGUGAUCAUUAGAAGGCUGGUCCAAUGGCAUGUUAUCCCUCCGACUUGUGUGCCCGACAGUUGUAUUGUUAACAUUUAUGAAGAAUGGGACUGCAUACCACCUCAUAUUGACAGCCAUGAUUUUGUUCGACCUUUCUGUACUGUGUCAUUUCUUAGCCAGUGCAAUAUACUAUUUGGAUCAAACUUAAAGGUUGUGGGUGCAGGUGACUUUGAUGGUCCAAUUGCCAUCCCUCUUCCUGUGGGAUCUGUUCUUGUCUUAAAUGGAAAUGGAGCCGAUGUGGCUAAGCAUUGUGUGCCAUCAGUUCCAACAAAGAGGAUAUCAAUCACAUUUAGAAAAAUGGAUGAAGCAAAACGUCCUAUAGGUUUUGUUCCAGAACCUGAUUUGCAGGGAAUUCAGCCAUUAUCAUAUGAACUGGAUAAAACAAGGAAGUCAAAUUCUCCUAAAUCAGAGCCUUAUGUGAAACGGCGGCCAUAUGGUAAAGAGGGUCAGGCGGAAGGGAGGAGAUACCCUGAGGAUGGUUCCCAAUCAGAAUCUCGUUACUCAAGUCGGAAUCGAUGGCCAGCUGCAAGUCAGUGGAGGACUAAGGGGAAUAUGGGCAGAGCUGAUGGAUGAGGUCCAACCCUUCCGCUGGCUGAAUUGUAUCUUCCAGAUUUGGACAUCUUUGAUUUAAUAGCUCGCAUAUUUGAGUAUUGUGUGAGAGUCAGAUAUGGAAGUUGAGGUUCAUUUCAGUGUCUGAGAGUUCUGUGGAGUUCAUUAACCAGUCUUAUUCCUGUUUAAAGCAAAUAUUUACAUGGGUGUUUACAAUGGAAUAGAGAUAACUAUUGAGUCAAUUAUUUACUAGCGAGUCCUAAGGUUGAAGGCGUUGCUGCGACAAUAUUUUUGUUGCUGGAAUCCUUUGAAGGUCUGGUUUUGGUUAAGAGCCUGAUUGGAUCUGCAUAGCUUGAUACAUGGCUCGGUAUUGAUUGAUUGGAUCAACUAGCUUGAUGCUGCUUGUUUGUGAUGUGGAUUGCUGCUUCAUUGAGAUGCCAGUAUGUUGAUUGAUCAGAGAAGCACCGCCACCACAUUAUAGUGCGAGAUGAUUAAGUUGUUUUCAUGAUCUUUUGCGGAAGAUCUAGAGAAUUGUACUGUGAUUGUUUUUCCUGAUGCAUGAUAUCAACUCAUUAAUGAUUUGCAAGUUUCUUAAUAUUAAAACUUGCAUCCAUAUUUGAAGUAUAGGUUUCAAUUAAGCCACUAGAAGGCACCAAAACAGUUGUAAUAGAAACAAUGAUAUGGAUGGGUGUUCUCAGGUGUGGUGCAAAUGAUAAUUACAGGUGUGUAAUAGCUAGCUUUUCGGAGCUGUUUUUUGUU